UGAUUGUGUUCUUUUUAUCUUAUUGGACAUUUAAUUAAAUUCUAUUACCCUUUGAUUAUAUUGAGACAUGUAUCUAGUUACCUCCGGUUAUUAAGUGUAUUGUUGAUCGAAAUUAUUUGCAAUUUAGACGUAUUUACGCCGUGACAAAACGAUUAAUAUAAAAGUUACUAGAGCCUGAAAAAUACAGGAAUUGUUUUUACUUUGGAUUAUUUAUCGUAUCGUGUAAUAGACAGCUAUCUGACUUGAUGAAAAUUAUUGAUGUCACGGCUUACGUAAAAUUUGACCUAUAUUUAUGAAAUGAAAACGGUAUUAGUAAAUUGAAGUGAAAUAAGGGACCCGCAGGGAAUGACGCGUGGAGAAAACGACUAACACAGCAAUAUUGGAAUAUUAUCUUACUAACGGUUUUAAAACGCAAACAGUACAAUGUCGCUUGCGGACGUGCGGGCAUGUGAUAAGUGUAUUGACAGUUGAACUGCAGAUCACACCUGAUUGAAGUAAAAUGCUGCAGGAUAUUGUGAUAACAUCUUAAUAUAUAGAUAAAGGACAUUGGUUCUGGUCUAGCUAGGGUGACAGAAAACCGCUUGAUUGGAUUGGUCUAUUUUCUGAAGGGAUACGACAAAUACAAUUAUUUGUGUCCUUCAGCGGGCAAGAAAUUUGUUUAUUCUACAAUGUUAAUCUUAUUUAGUGGACUGUUGGCGAAAUUUGACAAAAUAUACAAAUUUGAUUAAGUUACAUAUUGGAUUACUAGAUGUCAAUGAAAUAAAGGAAGCUACAAUAAAACGUGAAACGGUGGCAAAGUCAAUGAUUGUUUUGUAAACUGUUGAAAUAAGUGACUGACAUUUUGAAAAAAGUAGUUGGAGUGAAAUUAAUAAUAACGGAAGGAGUAUAAUUAAUAAUAUAUAAGAAAAGGUAAUUGAAAGAGAAAUUCAGACCCGGAAUCGCUCUGUGGAAGUAAAUGGAAUAAUGAGAUAGAAAAUCUCGUGAAAUUCAUUUGGGGCUCUGAUAAUUAGUUUUAAAUAAGAAAUAUGGAAAAGAUGAUAUAUUUAUGAAAAAAAAGUAUUUGCGCGGACUGUUAAAUAAAUAUUUAUAGUACAGUUUGUCAUGAUCACCUUAGAUCAAAGGGCAUAUUUUAAUACCAUUUAGAUUCUGUAACUGAUCUGUAGUGAUUAGUUACGUUAACCGUUAUAUUACACUGUCGGCUUUACGCACACACACGGUUUUGCGUCUGUAAGCUAUUAACAAACUUUGCUAUCCUAGAAUUAAUUUACAGAAUGAAACAAAGCGUUUCGCACAGAGUUUAGCAUGGAGGCGGUUGCGGGAUAUAUCUGUUGUGAGUGGUUCAGUAACAGUUAUUUAAUAUGAUGCACGUAAAAAUCGUCGUCAUGGAAAACAUGACAGAUGGAACAGUCCCUUACUUUGUCUCUCAAGAUGCUGGACUGGCAGACUCUGAAAUUCAGAAUAAAACGGAGAAUCUUUUUCAAAUAUCAAGUGUAAAGAAAAAUAAUAGUGUGAUAAGUUCUAGUGUACUGUUUACGUUUGGAUUUUUGAGUAAUAUUUUAGCGCUUAUAGUUCUAAAACGCUCACCGUCCGACCAAAAGCGGAAGCUGUUCUAUAGACUGGUUGCAGGAUUAACGAUGACUGACUUAAUCGGAACAACUGCAACCAGUCCCGUUGUGAUAGCUGUGUAUGUCAAUGAUUUCCGGUGGAUUGGUGGAACGCCUUUAUGUAAAUACUUCGGUUUCAUGAUGAUAUUUUCUGGGGUUGCUACGACAACUAUCGUCUGUAUAAUGGCGAUUGAAAGAUUAAUAUGUAUUAGACAUCCUUAUCUAUAUUAUGCUCAAUUACGGAAGAAACAUGCAACAGUGUUUCUGUUUAGUGCAUGGCUAUUUUCAGGAUUAAUCGCUAGCUUGCCGCUAAUAGGAUUUGGUGAAAUAGUACUCCAGUAUCCUUACACUUGGUGCUUCUUUGAUUACUAUACGGAUAACCUCGCGCACAGGGGAUUUAAUUGUCUAUUUGCUAUAUUAGUUUUAUUGACAAUUUCUGUGACAGUGACAUGUAAUGGCAUUGUCUUGUACACGCUUUUUCAAACAAAAAUGAGAGGAAUAUCCCGCCAAAAUAGCAGAGACUCGAGGACUUUUUCCGGAUAUAGCAGACGAUACACUGAAUGCCAAAUGGCUGUCCUACUUAUUGGAAUAACUGUUGUGUUCAGCUCUUGUUACCUUCCAUUAAUGAUAAGAAUUUUGAUAAAUCAGACCAAACUUUUACCAGUAAAUUUACGGACAGACUUAUUAAUGAUACGGUUUGCGUCCCUGAACCAAGUCCUUGACCCCUGGGUCUAUAUCCUGCUUCGGAGAGAAGUCGUCUGGAAAGUGGCAAAUACACUGAAAAAACUUUUCUCAAAACAGUCAAAGGAUAGUGAAACAAGUAAAUUCAUGCGACAAGACUCGUCUGCUGUAUUAGCGAAUGAUGUGCAAUAUUCAUGUUGUGCGUUUUGCUGGCAUUGUCUGUGCGACCCUCCGCAGACACAAAGGGCUGGAAGUUUUUAUAGUGAUUAUAGGAAAAAUUCAAUAUAUUCUGCGCCAAGCAGUCCUACAAACAAUCUUGUCAUGAAUGUUAUGAAAAACGUUGUGAUACCAGAUUCAAGUAAAGAAAAUUCCAGUCAAAUUGAUAGACGCUCCCAAGUGAUACUUGAAUUGAAAAGACAAGCUUCUAUGGAUACAGAUGUCGUCUGUCAGGAGCCGACAACAAAGGACACCCGCGUGAAAUUUUAUUGCAAUGGGUCAUCCUCUUUUGAAGAACUGGAAACCCAGAUCUGUAACAAAUUGGUGGAGGAUGAAGAAUUUGAUGACUACUCUGAAGUAGACAGUGUGUGAUACAGACAUUCUAAAAGUGAUAUAAAUGACACAAUCAUACAAUUUGUUACCAGUCAUGAAAUAUGUGCUACUUUGUUCUCAGUAUUUGAAUAAUUGUACAUUCGUCUAAAGGUUUUGUUCCGUCUUUCGUAAUGAAACAAAUGACAUUCGUGACGCAUUGAGACAAUAGUCUAUAAUUUCAGGAGAAAAAAUCCGUAAGAUUUCCCCUAAAUUACAGUCCUAACAAACAAAUGAGAAAGAGCAUAAUAUCGUAUAACACUCGUUUCAUUGACGUUCAUUCAUCUUACAUAAAUGUAGAAGGGAUAUUCUAUUGACAGGAUAGAGUUUACUGUUCGGUAAAUGAGUUUCUUUCACGAAUACAGACCAAAAACCAUUUAUUUGAUAUGAGGUUAUAAUCUCAGUUUUCUGGAUAUAUAUGUCAGCUGUUUAACUUUGUGACAGACGAAUUGUACAUUGAUUCAUGAUUUACUAGUCGAAAACAAAACUGAAUUUAUUUCAUCAUUCCAUUAAUUUUAGAAAAUGAAAACUGAAUCUUUCAAAUGUUAACAUUUAUUUAUCAUAUUUUCCAUGCUGUAGCUCGUACUCCUUUUAAACGAAGAUGACAGUUUAUUCCGUAUAGUCAAUUUCAUUUUUUAUAUUGUACAUUUUAUCAUUUUCCAACAUCACUUUGUCUCUGGGGUCUUUGACAUCGAUUCAUUUGCCCCUCAUCUAAGUUAGUUCAAAAGUCAUUUCAUGACUUUUUUCUCUGGUUAUACCUAGAUACCCCUCUGUGCCUGACACAGAAUAUGGAGCGCCAUCUUGGUGCUUCCUCCACCAUUUUUAUUUUGAAAAGCUGCCAUGUGAUCUAAAUAAUGUCGUUGUGACUAUAAAAAGCUCUCGCUCUCUAGCUUAUUUCAAAUUUCUGUUUGUUAUUAUUUGUUAAUUUAAAAUUAUAUUUGAAAAGGUCUAUAAAGUGUUCUGAAUUUUAUUUCCUAUACAUCUAAAAGAAUGAAAAUGGCAUAACACAUGAAUUACUUAGUAUAUAUAUAUAUAUAACAGCUGACUUGUCCCGCCGUCCAUUCGUCUCGGAGUCAAAAUGUCUUGAUUUCACUUCUCUCACACCGCUGGUCGUAUUUUAAGAAAAACUCUCGGAAUGCAUUUGCUCAUAUCGUCGCCAUGCUCUGGUUCACUGGUUUACAUGCAGUUACUGCCCUUUGGUUAGUUUAUUUUGUGAGCUCAUCUCGUCCUAAACCAGAGGAGAAGUAAUGUUUUGACUUGAUGGUGUUUCUUAGCGUUAUUGCCAUUUUAUGAAUUCACAAUUCUUCUUAACCCGCUGGUCGGAUUUGGGUAGAACUUCACACCAAUUAUUGUUAUGAGGUACAGGUUCGCAUACUGUCAUGUUCCGGUUCGAUGAUUUAUUUCAGGAGUAAUUGCCCUUUGACAUGGAAUUCUGUUUGCUGUAUCUGCUAAACCGCUGGUCGGAUUUUGAUGAACUAUGAUUGCAAUAUUAAGAUGGAAUUGUAGUUUUUCAUUUUACCAUCGUAUUCAGUUUACUUGAUUUUUUAUCAUGUUGUUAUAUGAGCCGUGCCAUGGGAAAACCAACAUAGUGGCUUUGCGACCAGCAUGGAUCCUGACCAGACUGCGCGGAUGCGCAGGCUGGUCUGGAUCCAUGCUGGUCGCAAAGCCACUAUGUUGGUUUUCUCAUGGCGCGGCUCAAUUAUACUUUUUUGGUGUUUUCUUUUAAAUUACGAAACAUUAACAGUAGAUCUUUUACUAAACCGCUGGUUGAAUUUGGACAAAACGUCACACCAUUUAUGAAUUACACAUUUCCUUAUUCAUAUAAUUUUAACUUCUCAAUACUUGAUUUGAUAAAGUUCUUUUUACCGUAUGUGUUGAAAUUUAUUUCCACAUUGUUCUAUUCCCGAAGAUAGUCUUAACAAUUUUGAUGCAUUUGAUAUAUUCGGUUUUCUUUAUUUUACUAAAACACCUUUCUAGUGUCUAUUACCUCAGUGUAUAGUUACUAUAUAUCGUGAUUUUUGUCUGUCACUUUCUAUUCAGUUAUUUAAGUAAAUAGACGCUUUACGAAACUUGAACAAAAAUUUCCUGGUAGCUCCGCUUAAACUGAAAAGUGAAAAAUGUUGUGGAAAGUGACAGUGCUAAUUUAAAAAUAUUCAACGGCAAUGUAAAGGAUUUUAGUUUUAUGUAUUUAAAACAAUCACACUUUGUAUUGCUAUUGUUCAUAUUGUUUGUUUGUUUCAUUCUACAAGCCAAAUAAAAUAACUUUCUUA